AUGCCGCCGCCGCAGUUCGGGUCGCUGCCACACAUCUCACGGGAUCCAUCGCUAAUGACCUUCCAGCCUCGUCCUUACCCUCCUCCAGGCCCAGCUCCUUACAUGCAGAACGGCUCUGGCCCCGUUCCCGGCGCUCGUCCUCUCUUGCCAGAUAAUGGCCGUGUGAUCCAGUCCGGUCCCACUCGAGUUCUUUGCAUAGCGGAUGUUCGAGGCAACCUGCAGUCUCUGAACGACCUUGCGAAAACUGCAAACGCCGACUACAUUCUUCACACUGGAGACUUCGGUUUCUAUGAUAACACCUCUCUAGAGAGAAUAGCCGACAAGACCCUCAAGCAUGUCGCGCAAUAUUCUCCCCUCAUCAGUGACCAUGUCAAGCGCCAGAUCAACCAGCCGCCUCAGGGCCAGCCUGCGAAAUCCAUCAAGAGCAUGUUCUCGCAAGACCAGCUGCCCCUCUCGCAAUUGCCGCUACUUCUCAACAAGAGCAUCACUCUCGAUGUCCCGGUCUACACUGUCUGGGGUGCUUGCGAGGAUGUAAGAGUCUUGGAGAGAUUCCGCUCCGGCGAGUACAAGGUCGACAACCUGCACAUCAUCGAUGAGGUCAACUCGCGGUUGCUUGAGAUCGGCGGAGUCAAGCUGCGCCUACUGGGCCUUGGUGGUGCUGUCGUUAUCCACAAGCUCUUCGACAACGGUGAAGGCAAGACCUACAUCGCCGGUGGCCAGGGUACGAUGUGGACCACCCUGCUUCAGAUUGGCGCUCUCAUCGACACUGCCAACCGUGUCUACGAUCCUUCGGAAACCCGCAUCUUUCUUACUCACGCCUCGCCUGCGAGAGACGGUAUCCUCAACCAGUUGUCAGUGACCUUGAAGGCUGAUUUCUCAAUCUCUGCCGGCCUCCACUUCCGCUAUGGCUCAUCGUACAACGAGUUCUCUGUCAAUCCUUCCUUGGAUCACUACCGUGGGAAACUUGCCGCUUCCAAGGCGUCCUUCAAUGACGUGUGGGAGACUGUGCGCGCCGAUGUCGAGCAAGCCAUCGAGACCAAUCCUAGUCACAAGCUUUUGCUCAGCCAAGCGCUCGAGAUCAUCGAGAAGAUGCCUGCGACGGCUAACGGUGGCAAUCCAUUUGGCGGUCCUGUCGGUGGCAACCCUGCUGCCGGCCAAGUCGACGAAUCCGCCUUCAAGAACAUGUGGAAUUUCAACUUGGCAGAUGCAGCUUUCGGCUACCUGGUUCUAGAGGUCGAUGGCGGUCGUAUCGGAACUGAGAUGCGAGCUCAAGGUUUCAACUUUGCGCACCGCAGUGGCAAGCCCACUCAUUCUCUUCCCCAACAAGCUGCUCCUGUUGCGCCAGUCACUGCUCCUCAAGGUCCUCCUACGGGUCCUGCUCAAGGUCGCCCUGCGUUCACCGCUCCACCUCAGCCUUUCCCGCAGCCUCCUAGACCUCAGCAACAGCAGCAUCGUAACACUGCGGGUCCCGGUGGCAAGGCCAGCACCCCUCCAACUGCUGCGUCUCCGGCCCCUCCUGUCACUCAGGCCAAGCCGAUGACCCCUCAGCCAUCCACUACUGCUGUACCCACGACCAGUACUCCGGCUAACACCAACGGCACUGCUGAAAAGGGUGACGACAAGAAGCCUGCCAGCCCGGCGGCUGUCGACCGCAAGCAGUCCACAGCUCUUUACUUGAGUCACGCUGAUAGUGAAGCCGCUGCGCGCGAAUAUAUCCCAGACCCCCACAAAGAGAAAAUCAAGUCCCUUAUGUCGUGGGGUAAAUUCCACAGCGCCUGGAAGAUCAAUUUCGACACCAAUGAAGACGCUGCUGCCGCGCUCAAGGCCGGCCAAGAUGAGAUCCAGAACAAACGCAAGGACGGCACUGCCAAGUUGCCUUCGCUCAGCUUCUUCAUGGAUAAGAGCGAUCGAUUCCAUCGUGACACCCCUUCUACGGGUGCAGGUUUCCGAGGCACUUCUCAGGCUGCCAGUGCUGGGUCAACCCCGCGCGGUGGCCACCAGAGUGGCGCUGCAUCUGACUCCGAUGGUGGUAACCGCGGUCGCAGUAGCUUCCGCGGUGGCCGUGGCCGUGGUCGUGGCGACGAUCGGGGCGGCCGUGGUGGACGUGGUCGUGGCGGCUUCCCGAACAAGGGCGACAGCGACAGCAAGCCCGUGGAAUCGAAGCCUGCUGAAGCGAAGUCAGGCGAUGCUGCUUAG